CCCCUAGCCGUAGAACAUCCCGUUCCGGGCGUUUAAAUAUCGUGCGGCAGCAGCUCUCCGGUUUAUUGUCAGCCAGAUCGCGGUGGCGUGAACAUCGCAAGUGUUGAACUAGAAAACUAGAAAGCCCUCGGAUUUGCGUGUGUGUCUGAGUGUGCGAUUUUCUUGGGAUUUCCCGCGUUCGGUGGCCGUAAAAUAAAAAAAAAAAUAAAAAAAGAAUAGCAAAGAAAACCAACAGCAAGUAUUGGCAAUCUUCCCAGACAACUGCCGGAAAUGCGAAAGUGAAAGCGGCCGGCCAAGAAGAACGGACGACAGCAAAUCACCAGAGACGGAGCCACCGAAAUAUAGUAUGUCAUCCUCGCUGAAGACCAGCCAAAGUGGCGGCAUGUACGUCAAGACGUCGGCGAUUCCGGGCAUUUCGUCGAUUUCUGGCAAGGAGGCGGCCAGUUGCUACGGCGGCUUCAUGUCGCCCCCGCUGAGUGCCAAUAUCACCCAUGCGAAUAAUGGGGAGCGUGAGAUGUUCCGAGUGCCGGGAGCCAAGGUGGAAACGAGUGGCGGCUACGCCUGCGGUGAACUUCAGUUUCCGGACUUUUCACACCUCUGCUUUGCCGCCGAGACGCCGAACUCGGUGUUCAGUGACUGCCACAACUACGCUGGCCAGGAUCAGCAGCAGGACUCGGAUCAGGAUGACAUAGUUUGCGCGGCGGCGGAGAACACCGGCAUGCCCUAUCAGCAGGGUCAGUACACCCAGCUGAAUCGCGAGGAUAUCUUCCGCUUCGAGCCGGAGGACAUAGCGCGUCUGACUGAAGAGUCCGAGCUGCCCGGCCUGCUGCAACAUCCCCAGACGCCAUAUACCCCAUAUACCCCGUACACACCCUACACACCCUGCAGUGCACAGAACAGUCAGUAUGCCGUGCAGGCGGCGAGUGACUCCAUUAAUCUGGAUAUCGAUUACUUUAAUUACGACGAGAUUAAUUGCCAAUCGAAAAACCAAUCACCGUGCUCAUCACCGCACCUCGACGCCUGGCUGAACUUCAAUCUCGGCGAGAUUUCAGCGGCCGCAGCAUCGUGUGCCGCAUCCCCGAAGCUGGGCAACGUGUUCGAGGAGCAGGUCAAAGAGGAGGCCUCGCCCGCGAAACUACCAUCGAUGAACUCCACCUUCGGCACCCCCAAAUGCAUUCCCAUGUGCGCCAGCAACUACGAGGAUUACGCGAAUCUCUACCAACAGGGUUCGGCGUAUUCCACGGAGAACUACCACAACAACAUGGCCCAGGCCAUCGAGAAGCCCAAUCGCGAGCACAAGGCCAUCUGGACCAUCGAUGAACUGGAUGAACUGAUGCUGGGCGAGCAGCAGCAGUUCUAUCCGCAUCACUUGCAGCAGCAACAGUUGCAACAGCAGCAGGAGCAGCAGGAGCAACUGCAGCAGCAGCACGACCAGGAACAGCAAACCCAGUGCAGCAAGGACGAUCUGGUCAACUAUCUUGCGGAUGAGUUCAUCAAGGCCGAGGAGUUUCGGGCACUGGACAGUGACGAUGACGAUAACUACAACGAGGAGGAGGAUGACCUGGACAACGACGUGUUCGCCCCGCCGGCGGAAAGUGAUCCCAAGCCGGAUUCAACCUGCUGCGAUCUGGAGGCGGAGCCCGAGAAUGAGACCGUCCCACUCAUCUGCCGCUGGACGGGAUGCGACGAGGAGUUCCCCCACCAGCAGGCCUUCGUGGAGCACAUCGAGAAGUGCCAUGUGGACGUGCGCAAGGGUGAGGACUUCUCCUGCUUCUGGCUGGACUGCCCCAGGCGCUACAAGCCCUUCAAUGCCCGCUACAAGCUGCUCAUCCACAUGCGCGUCCACAGCGGCGAGAAGCCCAACAAAUGUCCGUUUCCCGGCUGCAAUAAAGCAUUCUCGCGUUUGGAAAAUUUGAAAAUUCAUCAGCGCUCGCACACGGGCGAGCGGCCUUAUGGCUGCCAGUAUAAAGGUUGCCUCAAAGCGUUCAGCAAUAGCUCGGAUCGGGCGAAACAUCAAAGGACCCACUACGACACGAAACCGUAUGCCUGCCAGCUGCCAGGAUGCACCAAGCGCUACACGGAUCCCUCCAGCCUCCGCAAACAUGUCAAGAACCACGCGCUGCGCAACGCCAACGGACAGCUGCGCCGCAAAUCUGCCGGCGGCGCCUCCGUACCGCCCUCCGGUCCAAAGAAGGCGGCCAAAACCCGCCGUCACUCCGAGUCGGCGCUGGUGCAAAGGGGCGUGGGUGCGGGCGUGGGCGUGGCGAGUGCUGCGGGGGAUCAGCGACAACACCGCAGCAAUAGUUGCAGCGAGGCCUUGUUGCUGCAGCAGCAGCGGCAGCAGCAGCAGCCCGACAACGAAAGGAGGACAGACCGCAGCAAUUGCGGCACCGGUGUUGCAGCUAAUAACAAUUCAAUGAACUUUAAUGAGUUGUCAAAUUGCAUUGUCAUCAUCGAGCACAAUCAGGACGGAGGUCCUGCAGGACCUGCAACCCUGCCAACCGCAACGGGUACAAUAGCAACAGCAACGGCAACAGCAACGGCAACGGCAACUGCAACAUAUGGCAAUGGCAACAUGGCGCCCGCACCGGAAACGGAAGUGCUGCGCGUUUGCAGCAACAAUAACCGUUACAAUGCGAAUAUUAAUCAAUUAAGCGAACUCGAGCAAUUGCUGACGACGGCGAAGCCCACAGGUACGCCGGCCACAGCUGCUAAUGGAAUUAGCCUGGCCAACAACAAUGGCCGCGCCAACGGCGACAGCAAAUGCCACUUGAGCGAGUUUGUGUCGUUCGAGUACGUGACAAAAUAUCUGACGGAUGUCUACGAGCCGCCAUGCAAGAGCCCACAGCCACAGCCGGCUAAUUUCCAUUUGCAGCCCGAGUUUGACAACAGCUUCGACAUGCUGGACUUCCCACAGUUCAUUUAAGUUAGCUUAGACCAUAGAACAUACUCGUAGUCCCUAGGCCCAAUUAAAGAAGUCAGCGAUUCAAUGCCCAAAGAUCUCAGUGCCUGAGCCCUUAUAAGAAUGCCUACCAUUAACUAAGUCUUAGUACGUGUACAUACUAAAUAUAAGGAGUAGACUAAGCCUCGCCAAAACGAGGAGAAACUUUCCUGAAUUUGAAAACAUAAUCCAGUGAUUAGUGGCGUCUUCCCAAACUCUUCCCAAUCGUAUAUUUAACUAGAAUACUUUCGGCUAAGUAC